AUGGUCUUCUAUUUCACCUCGACCGUCGUCAAUCCCCCGGCUUUCAUUUAUGUGGGGAAAGACAAGUUUGAGAACGAGGAGUUGAUUAGUCACGGCUGGGAGGAAGAUGUCUGGUUCCACGUCGACAAACUUUCCAGUGCUCAUAUCUACCUCCGUUUGCCAGAGGGUUGGACAUGGGAUAACAUUCCCGAGGAGCUCCUGACCGACCUCGGUCAGUUGACCAAGGCCAACUCCAUCGAGGGUCAUGGGAGCUCCAUGAAGACUAACCCUGCUAUUUGUAAAGGUAACAAGAAGGACAACAUCACAAUCAUCUACACGCCAUGGGCCAACCUCAAGAAGGACGGCAGCAUGGCGGUUGGCCAGGUUAGCUUCAAGGACCAGAAGAAGGUGAAGCGCAUUUUGAUCGCGCAGCGCGAAAACGCCAUUGUCAACCGUCUUAACAAGACCAAGGUUGAGAAGCACCCGGACCUGCGAGAGGAGAAGGAGAACCACCUCAGGGAGCUGCGCAAGAAGGACCAGGCGGCGGUGCUGGCGCGGAAGAAGGAGGAGGAUCGCCUGAAGAAGGAGCGGGCGGAGAUCAAGUGGCAGAAGGAUCAUGCCUACGACGAGCUUUUUGCCGAGGAGAACAUGAUGGAGUCGAGCAACCAGGAUCGGGACGAGACUUGGGAGGAUGACUUUAUGUAG